CAGUGUCGCUUGCGUCGCCUCGAGUGUACGAUGUGAUCGCUCCGAUGGUAGUUGUCUCUCGAUAGUCCGCGAGUUGAGGCUUUUUUCCUUCCUUCCUCUGGGAUAGAAGCGGUCUCGUUGCUUCUGUGCGUGUGUGUGCCGAAGUGCUCUCGUGCCUCUUGAGAGGACGAAACCUCGACCGGCCCUGCCGUGCCUGCAUCUGUCUUCCCUUUGUCCGAUGACAUUGAGUUUCCUAGUGAGUGCAUCCUCACAUACAUGGAGUUUCAGCUGGACAGCGCAGAGUACUGCCAGGCUCAACACAAAUAGAGAGACACACCCGCAGCUCCGAAAGCCAAUUAGAUACCCGUUAAAGUAAGGAGAGAGAACUGGAGGCAAACGUCUUAAUAGAGGAGAAAGGAUAUUAGGAAAUAUCUAGAUCAUCACUGGAGAUUCGUGAAAUCAUCAGCUAGUCAUCACGCAAGAACAUAGGAGAAUUUAUUAAAGAAACAAUUGUUAAUUUACGUUAUCGUAUGCCUUGUAGUUACUGAGCGCACCUAAUAGAGGAGCACCCAGUGCCAAAUAGAUUAUCUUCCGAUUAGUCAAAGACCCCACGAGGGAACCAAGCGCAUAUCACGACCGCCUAAUGUAACGUAGUCUUCAAACCCUUCGGCGAAGUCCGCGCCCCAGAAACCCUUCCCGAGGUCUACAUGUGAACCCAUUGUUCUGUCCUCUGUAUAAAAAUAACAAGUAUUCAAUUAGUUAAACGAAAACGACACUAUAAGACUGACAUCUAUGGGCUACGUCGUCGAAUCUAGCCUUUGUUGCUUAACGCAGUGCAGUCGUUAAGAGAUAAAGAACGGAACGUCGCAUAAAAGGAUCCGAGGCAAAAGGAAAGAACAAAUUAACAAGAGGAGAGAGGCGUACUUUUUAAACCCUUGCUGUCAAAAGGAAAUGAGCAACAUGAGGGUGAAGGACAUCAGACCGGCUCCCGCCGAGAUCGAAUACAAAAACAUGAAGUUCCUCAUCACUGAUCGGCCCAAUGAUCAGACUAUCCAAACCUUUAUACAAGAACUGAAAAAGCACAACGUGAAGGAAGUGGUUAGAGUCUGCGAACCAACGUACAAAGUUGAGGAACUUAAGGGAGAGGGAAUCAAUGUUAUAGACUUGGUAUUUGACGAUGGCACUUUCCCGCCAAACGAGGUGGUCGACGAGUGGUUCGAGUUGCUGAAGAAUCGAUUUCGCGAGACGCCCGAUGCAUGCGUGGCGGUGCACUGCGUGGCCGGACUCGGAAGAGCACCGGUUCUCGUUGCACUCGCCCUCAUUGAGCUCGGUCUCAAGUACGAAGACGCAGUGGCACUUAUCAGGGAGAAGAGACGAGGUGCCAUCAACGCCAAGCAGCUGGCCUACCUGGAAAAAUACCGCCCCAAGUCUCGGCUGAAGCUCAAGAACGGACAGAAGAACUCCUGUUGCGUCCAGUAGACAAGAGCGACUCUUUUCUCUUGCAACCAACUAACUAAUCAAUACUGAAUUGGUAUACGUAAUUAUAUAGGUUUGCACGCCGGACAACAAAAAAAAAAAAUGUGACGUGUAUCGUACCGAUUUGUAAACACUUUUGACUGCGAAGUCGAUGGGAGUGCAAGCUGCAGUUCGAGGCCCGCGAUUUUCUUUCUUUUUCUUCUCACGAACACGGAAACGGGUAUGUCUCUUUUUAGAGGGUCCGUCCGACUCUCCCGGCCGUUUCACCUUUUUGGUCAGUUGGCAGGAACUUAACACGAAUUCCCGCGUCGUCUCCAUGUUUUUAACGAGCCCGAUUACGUGAAUAUCGGAGGCUCGUCGAGGAUUUUCGGGGUGCAGCCUUUCGACUGAACCCCUUUUUUUACCCUCAAUCGUCGAGGACCCGUUAACUUACAUUGACCUUUUUACCGAUAGGGCAUUUGUCAUGUCGCGCCUCUCCAGGGACGGGAUUAGGAAAAAUUGUCCGUAGAAGGACACCUCUCGAAGGCUGAUUUUACUUGCCGCAUCGGUACUUAAUUUGCGACGGACCGCGAUGUCCAGUCGCGAGUAUGAUAUAUAUAUAAAAAAAAUAUGAAUACGCGCUGCGUCGCUUGGUGACACUUUGAGCCCCACGGUUUUUCGAAACCGAUAGGUCAUUAUCUCGUGUCCCUGAUAUAUACAUAUUUAGGAUGUUUUUAAAUUCCGGGGAACUCCGCCCCGUUCGAUGUGUAUCCAUUUUUAAUUUUUUUUUUCCCUAAGUUUAAUCGAGAGAAUUGGGAGGUACGUAGCGAGUAGGUAAACCAAGCAAAAGGAAAAAGAGGUGAAGAGUGUGCAAGCGCGUGAAUCGUAUAUUUUAAUAGAUAUUGAUUUUUUAUUUGACAACUGCGGUUAAAAUGUUAAGUUGUAGUGGAGUGUCCCGUACACGGCAAGGUGUCGAACUGUUCGAACGCGAGUAAUCCGUUUGACGUCAGGCCGUAUAAAAGGGAUAAGAUAAAAGCCGCUUGAUCUCCAGGUGGGAGAAGCUCCCCGAAGGGGUAGGACUUUUUUCUUUUUAUAACAUCCUUCCCGGAAUACGACGGUCGCCUCGCGGCUUAUCUCAAGGGAAAGAUCGUUAGAAGAUCCAAGUUAAGCGGCUUUUAUCCGGGACGGUUCCGUAUGCGGCCGGGGUCCAGGAAACGGGGAAUUACUCUCGUGCUCGUUAACCUGUCGGACAGCUCGUACCGUCUAGCUCUAGCUGAAUAUCUACUCCAUCGUUGUGAUCUUCUAUAAUCCUAGCUCUCAAUUGCGUAGAAUCACUUAAGGCAUGCAAUUUGAAGUAGCCGGCUAAACGGACGGACACGCAAUGUACAAAGGGGUCCUUAUUUAUAAUUUAAUUUAUUACUCGCAGCUUAACGCCAGGAUAUACGCGUAAGGCUCGACCGGCGAUCGAGGUCCAAACGAAGAAUCGCCUCGAAUGUGUUUAUAAUAUUAAUCACCGAACGGGCUCAAAGUGUUAACCAUUUAACGAGCAGCGCGUUCAGUUCCUGCAAACUCUUGACUGUAACCUACGGCGUCCAGUAUUUUUUCUUUUUUCUUUUUUAUCAACGCGCGUUUACAUUUAACCGAGUAUGUAGCGCGGACGAUAUGUACCACGUAUACCUUAGAGUCUGCUACGUCGACGAUCGUUAACGGAGGAUGUAUCAUCGCCGUGCGUGUCUAAUCAGGGAAUCCUCGACAGCGUUAGGUAAAGGGGACUUUUCUUUUUCUUUUUUUAAAAACCUGCCUCGACGACCGGAGGUUGCAUCUCCCGCGGCUUCGCCGUAACGAUGGAUGUUCUUAUAUCUCUUAUUCGACUUGGACUCUGCGUUAAACUUGAGCGAGGAAAAAACAGUCUAAUUGCGAAACGAAGGCGAGAUAAUUCCGACUCCAGAGCUAUAUAUAUAUAUAUCACGUUUAUCGCGAUUCAACGACAAUUUUAAGAAAAUACACGCUGGGAGGGGUUUCGCCGCAUGCUGUCUUACCUUGGGGGGAGGGGACGGUUUUUUAUCAGGGAAUUCGGGAGGAACCUUCGUUCGAUACAUUUUUUCAAAGCCCACGCACUGCGCCUUUUUACAUUACGGUGUUGUUAACGAUUUUGUACGCCACGUCCAAUACACGGUAGCUGGGAGGGGGGGGGGGGAUGGAUUUUCUUAAAGUUGUCGGUGAUGCUGCGCGCCACACUAAACUGUGUUCAAAAAAUAGUAAAAAUUCACUCCUAAUGGUAAAGAAUUUAAUAUCUAGAUCGCGGUUCGCCUGUCUGCCGAUCGGACGUGAAUGUUUUGGCGAGAAUGACUUUCUGGUUGGUGUUAAUAACAACCCUAUCGGUGGACGCACAUUACCCUGGUUUUCCUGAUCGAGGGUUUUGCUUUAUAUAUUUUUACGUUCUCCUUUACUUGUCAAUUUUUAUCAGCCGUUGGUUUGGUCGAAUUGGUACGUCUCGUUGCAAUGUGUGUUGGCCAGUCGCGACUAUUUUCUGCCGAGGAGAAUUCGGUAAGACGCGUUGUCGAAUGUUUUCGUUGUUUUUUUUUUUUUUUUCUUCAGUCCUUUGGUCAACUAGAUAUCGGGUGUAUUCAGAGGAGAAAAGCGGUUACCGAUGAGUUGGGAACAUGUUGCGAUUUCUACUGAAAAUGCGAUCUGAUUGGUCUGAUCAGUAAACAUGUUGAGGGAACGUACCCAUUCAGCAGAUGAGCGCUAACCGAUCACUCAACGGUUGUCUCCUCUGAAUGCGCUCAUUGUAAAAUACGCCUUGAGAGUAUCCCAUUGUUAAUUUCCUUGCUUGAUCAGGAAUUCACGGUAGAAACAGCGGUGGGAUUGUUGCAUGAAAGUGAAAUAUUUUCUUUCUUUAGGCUAAGGUCGUAGGACAUCGCGUUUUAAGUCUCGAGGUCUCCCUUAAUUUGGCAGGACAUAUAUCGUCUUCGAACGCGUUUUAACACCUUCUCUUCCCUUUUGUCUCCAGCUUAGACGACGACGUUGUACCAUACACACAUAGGAAAAUUGCCCCGAACGUAUUGAGAACGGAGGUUAAAGGAAUUAUACACAAUAAACCAUGAAUUGUACAAAGGAAAAGUGACGUACACGGGCAGGAGCACGUAUAAACGGUAGAGAUCUCUCGUAAACAACCUCCGAUUCUUCGGUGAAUAUAUCUGUGGCGAGCAUAUAUUUCGUAAAGAUUUUAAACUCUGUAUAUUUUCCAAGGCCAAAGUGUCUUUCUACAAGGACGAUAUUGAUUCCGUGUAUUUUCGCAAAAAAGGAGAAAAAAAAAGAAUAAUAAAUUUUGUGAGAAUUCGAAGACUUAAUCGAUAACUGCACGGCACACACUGUACAUAUAUAUAAAUGUAAAACAAUGGACCCGUUGAAACGACAUACGACUUGUGUGGGAUUUUACGAUAUAUAUAUAUAUAUUUCCUCGUUUCUUCGAUCUCGAGGGAACGACGUGUCCACCGUUCGCCGGAAUUCCGUGUGUAAGAUUAACGAAGUUAUUAAGCCCACCUUUGUUACCAUCGAUGACUACUUGUAACUUUAGAGAUUCGUCUAAUGUCUAUUCGAGGGAGGGGAGAUACUUUACUCGAAAUCAUGCAGCAAGCAUUUUUCAAUUGUCACGCAAUGUGUACGUUAAUUUCUUCGGAGUAUGGGGGGGCUCCCCAAUUAUCGAUGCAAUGUACUUUCUAUCAGUUUUUCGACUGACGGAGAGAUAGAGAGAGAAUGAGAGAGAGAGUGAAAGCGUGCGAUCGGGAAAAUGAGAUGUAGGAAUACCAGUUACGACAUUCACCGAGAUCGCAGACUCGAAACGCAAUCGAAGCCUGAGAUACAUACACACUCCUUUUUUGUAAGGUCUCCAAAGGAUUAAGAGAGAAAGAGAGAGAGAGAGGGAGAAACAAAACGAAAAAGUAACUGCAAUAUUUUUUACCAGAGGAUGGGACGAAGGGACACACGUAAAUCGAAAAGAUGAAUCAUUAUUGAUCCCUAGAUAUCCGCUACACCGAAUAAUAACUUUAUAGGACAACCAUUACCCUUAGUUGAAUUAUGUUUAUAAAUAAUUACAUACGAUGGAUGUAUUUUUUAAUUGAUCCUCUGUCACUGACGCUCUCAAUCGCACCCCCUGUUUUAUGCGUAUCUUACGUUAUCCGUUGUAUAAUGCGAUGUGUCGAAGCUAAGGACAUCGGUGGUUCUUUUUCCCUUCUUUUUUUUCUUUUUUGUUGCUUUCCGAAGAACAUGGACCGAGCUUCAAAAAAAAAAAACGAAAAAC